ACAAUGACUUAAAAUUCCCACUUAAAACUUUUUAAUUAUAAAAUAAAUAAUUUUAUGUAAAUUUGAGCGGUGAGCGGUGGCACUUCUGAAAUAAGGAAACGCAGUAAAAGCAUUAGAAAACGUGUCUAGUAGCGGAGGAAAGGAGUGUCAUACGCAUGGCUGCUGGCGUUUCUACCUUUUUCGUAAAUAAACAAUACGAAAACCGUAUACAAUUUCCCAGUCUUCCAGAUCAACCCCACAAGAAGAAAGAAUAUAUAUCAAUACACACACACACAUAUAUAUAUAUACAGCACUUCUGUCCCAUUACUGUCUUCGUUUACUUCCCAAGAAAAGCAAGUUUUUAGGAAAUGGGACAAGGCGAGGAAGAGAAGACCAGACCUGACCCUCAACUCGAAAUUCAGGAAAGAGGUGAAAUAUUCUUCUUCUACAGACCAAAAGUUGGUAAAGAAGAAGCCCACAGUCCGGGCGAUGUGCAAAGACUUUAUAUUGUGUUGCGGCCGGAGUCCGGCGAACGGCCGGUUGAAGAAAAGCAAGACCCUCGUUCGGGGAAAGAGGGAGCAAAGAAAGAAUCCACUGAGGACAUGACUAGUGAAUCUACUAAUAACGAAACUGAAGGUGGCUAUGGUUCUCAGGAAGUGAACAUUGAGAAGGAGCCAUUGCUGCGGUUGAUUGUCAUGGGACGUAAAGCUCUCCCAAAUCCAAGCCAGAAAUCCCAGCCAUUCUGGGGAUUUGUUGAAAUGGUCACAACAAAUAUAGAUGACUUGAAAGCUGCUCUUAAAGAAGAGGAAUAUGAGACUGCAACAAGAGGCCACCGCCAUAAACCUGGUGCAAGAGCAAUGGGAGAAGGCAUAUACCGCAUACUAAAACACAAUCCAGGCAGGAGGCCGCAUACCCAUCUCAUUUACAAGCUUGAAUUUCCAGCUGAAGACAAGAACAAGGAGCCUCAAGAGGCCCUUAACGUGGAGAAAGAAGGUUCAUUCGUCCUCCAAAUAAAGAACCCUGAGCAGGCUGCAGGAGGGAGUUCCCAGUUCAGAGGGCUUCAAAACAAGCGCAAGGCUGCUUUUCCUGCCCACCUGCAAGGUCUCUGCGGCCACCGGCGGUUUGUUCCGGCGGACCCACCGGACUUUUUGAACUAUGAAGGGUGUGAGCUGUUGCUUAUAUCAGCUUCAGAUGAUAUAGAGGAGGAACUAGGGUUGGAGCUGAAGACAGAAGUAGAAGAGGAUGAGACAGAGUAUCCCUCUUGCUCUGAUUUGAUACAGACUUUUGGGGAGGAUGCUGCGCCUGUUACUCCUCUUCUUAAAGGAAUCUGGGCAUGAAAUCUUCAUCCCAUUUCAGGAGCUUCUUGUUAGACUUUUUUUACAGGCUGGUAUGGAACCCAAGACAACAUUCUUACUCGAUUUUUGAUAAAAAGGGUGAGUUCAGAAUCUGUUGCUUGGGUUUAAUUAGUAAUUAGGGUUUUUGGAUUUUGUUGUUGGGAUAGUAUUUUGGUACCUUGGAUGUGGCAGAUGAAAACUUAUAUCCAGCACUGUGAAGUUAAGGGUUGAGCCCUUGUUUUGUAAAGAUGGGAUUCUACUGCUUACUGAUCCCAAGUUUUCUAAAAAUGCUAAAUUUUAGUUUGCUAAGUGAAAA